AUGGAGCAAGGGAAUCAAACUUUUGUCUCUGAAUUCAUCCUGCAGGGACUCUUCAUCCAAGAAGGACAUGAAGGCAUCAUCUUCUCCGUCCUCCUCUUCAUGUAUCUGCUGAUUCUCCUCGGCAACCUGCUGAUCGUUCUUCUGAUCCGUUGCGAUGCCCAUCUCCUCCGCACGCCCAUGUAUUUCUUCCUCAGCCACCUCUCUCUGACCGAUGUGGGUUUUGCAUCCUCCAUUGUCCCCGUAAUGCUACGCAACCUGGUUUCCCAGGACAAGGUCAUUUCCUAUGGUGGGUGCUUGUCCCAGAUGCAUUUUGUUGUGGUUUUUGGGAACACUGGCAAUUUUCUGCUUGCGGUCAUGGCCUAUGAUCGCUACUUGGCUAUCUGCCUCCCACUGCAUUACACAGGCUUGAUGAACAGAAAGCGUUGCCUCUGGAUGGUCUCUGGGUGUUGGCUCCUGGCCGUCUUCGAGGCGACGUUAUACGUAUCGAUGAUUUCUCAUCUUUCCUUUUGUGCAUCUCAGAAGAUCCCCCAUUUUUUCUGCGACCUCUUUCCACUUUUAGGACUCUCUUGCUCGGACACCACUGCCAUACAGAUGUUGUUAUUGACAGAAGGCAUGUUUGAUAUUCUGGGACUCUUUAUACUCAUUGUGUUCUCCUAUGCCCGGAUCUUCCUGACUGUAAUGAAGAUCCCAUCUUCGAGCAGCAAACGCAAGGCCUUCUCCACCUGUGGUUCUCACUUGGCUGUGGUUAUCUUAUUCUAUGGCACCCUCUGCUGGGUCUAUUUGCUGCCUUCCUUUGGGAACAAAACACUGGCUUCUCUCAUGUAUACUGUGGUCUCUCCUAUGCUGAACCCCUUCAUCUACAGCCUGAGGAACAAUGAGAUGAAGAGCGCCUUGAAGAGACUUCUGAUCAGAAUGAGAGUCAUUUGCAGACUAUGCUGGACCAUGGAGCAAGGGAAUCAAACUUUUGUCUCUGAAUUCAUCCUGCAGGGACUCUUCAUCCAAGAAGGACAUGAAGGCAUCAUCUUCUCCAUUCUCCUCUUCAUGUAUCUGUUGAGUCUCCUGGGCAACCUGCUGAUCGUUCUUCUGAUCCGUUGCGAUGCCCAUCUCCUCCGCACGCCCAUGUAUUUCUUCCUCAGCCACCUCUCUCUGACCGAUGUGGGUUUUGCAUCCUCCAUUGUCCCCGUAAUGCUACGCAACCUGGUUUCCCAGGACAAGGUCAUUUCCUAUGGUGGGUGCUUGUCCCAGAUGCAUUUUGUUGUGGUUUUUGGGAACACUGGCAAUUUUCUGCUUGCGGUCAUGGCCUAUGAUCGCUACUUGGCUAUCUGCCUCCCACUGCAUUACACAGGCUUGAUGAACAGAAAGCGUUGCCUCUGGAUGGUCUCUGGGUGUUGGCUCCUGGCCGUCUUCGAGGCGACUUUAUACGUAUCGAUGAUUUCUCAUCUUUCCUUUUGUGCAUCUCAGAAGAUCCCCCAUUUUUUCUGCGACCUCUUUCCACUUUUAGGACUCUCUUGCUCGGACACCACUGCCAUGCAGAUGUUGUUAUUGACAGAAGGCAUGUUUGAUAUUCUGGGACCCUUUAUACUCAUUGUGUUCUCCUAUGCCCGGAUCUUCCUGACUGUAAUGAAGAUCCCAUCUUUGAGCAGCAAACGCAAGGCCUUCUCCACCUGUGGUUCUCACUUGGCUGUGGUUAUCUUAUUCUAUGGCACCCUCUGCUGGGUCUAUUUGCUGCCUUCCUUUGGGAACAAAACACUGGCUUCUCUCAUGUAUACUGUGGUCUCUCCUAUGCUGAACCCCUUCAUCUACAGCCUGAGGAACAAUGAGAUGAAGAGCGCCUUGAAGAGACUUCUGAUCAGAAUGAGAGUCAUUUGCAGUUCCUGGAAAUGA